UCGCUCACAUGAAAUCAUACCUUUACUAACCUUUAAAAACUCGCAUAGCUUGGGGAUUGCUCCUAUCUACUAUUUUUUGGUUAGAAUAACAUUUUAGAUCCACGUGGGUUUCACUUCGUGUUUUUAUAUUGAAACAAUAAUUCUAUACAAAAUGAGUGCCACAAGUGUUGAACAACCUUCUACUUUUGAGAAAAUUAAGACAAAAGAUAAAUCAUCGAAAAGAAGACAUGCGAGCGAAAGUCACAUGGAAGUUGAUGUUGUUCAUGGUAUUGAAGGAAAAGUAAAAACGAAAUCGUCAAAGAAAGCUAAGAAUGUUGAGGGUGGUGAACAGAGAAAAGUACCUGUACCAGCUCAUAGGUACACACCUCUGAAGGAAAAUUGGAUGAAAAUUUUUACUCCUGUUGUAGAGCAUUUACAGCUGCAAAUUCGUUUCAAUUUAAAAACACGUAAUGUGGAAAUUCGAACAGCACCAGAAACACCAGAUAUUUCAAAUUUGCAAAAAGCUGCAGAUUUUGUUAAAGCAUUCAUUAAUGGUUUUGAGGUAGAGGAUGCUUUGGCUCUGUUACGGUUGGAUGAUUUGUUUGUUGAAACAUUUGAAGUGCAAGACGUUAAGCCUCUAAAAGGUGCCCAUUUAUCAAGAGCAAUUGGAAGACUAGCUGGUAAAGGUGGUAAAACAAAAUUCACAAUAGAGAAUGUAACAAAAACAAGAAUUGUUUUGGCAGACAGUAAAAUUCAUAUACUGGGAUCUUUUCAAAAUAUUCAAUUGGCCAGACGAGCGAUUUGUAAUUUAAUCCUAGGAAGUCCACCAUCUAAAGUGUACGGUCAGUUGAGAAAUGUUGCUAGUCGAGUUUCGGAGAGAUUGUAAAUUAAGUGUAAAAUAAACAUUAAUACAUACUACGCAGA